GGGUUUUUCUCCAAGAUGGCAAAGACAAAGAAAGCCUAGUCAAGGCAGCCGCCACCCCUCUUCUCCAACUUCAAAGUGGUCUACUCUCUGACUGCAGCCGUCAAUAAUGAAUAUGGCUACUCCGAUGCUGUCGUCCUUUUCCGACCGGCCCACCUGAAAAAACAAAUUUGAAGACGCCAAAGUGGAGAUGACCGCAACCAUCAACAGGGUCCAGAUCGAGAAAUUUGCCAAUGACAACGGCAUGGGCCUGUGUGGCCACAAAGCAGACAAUCCGGAUCUGUUCAGUAAACCACUCAUCGUGGCUUACUACAACGUAGACUAUAAGAAGAACCCUAAAGGUACCAAUUAUUACCGUAAUAGAGUGAUGAAGGUGGCCAGGAAUUACGUCGAGGAGGGCUUAACGUUUGCGGUUGCUAAAAGGGCGAGGAGCGAGUUUAGAGCGAAUUUAGACUCGGUUGGUAUCUCCGGUGGCAGUGAUGAAGUCAACGUUGUUGCCUGGGCAGCCAACGGAGAUAAAUUCAAGAUGGAGGAGGCUUUCACGAAUGAUGGCAAAGCCCUGGAUGCAUUUAUAAAGAAGUUUCAGGCCGGUGAAAUCGCCCCUUAUAUAAAGAGUGAAGCAGCUCCAGAACCUAAUGAUGGUCCUGUGAAGGUUGUGGUUGGCAGUACCUUCAACGACAUUGUGAAGGACGACACCAAAGAUGUCCUUAUUGAGUUCUAUGCUCCGUGGUGUGGCCAUUGUAAAUCGCUGGAGCCCAAAUACAUGGAACUCGGAGAGAAGUUGGCAGAUGUAGAGCACGUCGUUAUCGCCAAGAUGGAUGCCACAGCUAAUGACGCACCCGGAGAAUAUGCAGUAUCUGGGUUUCCCACAAUAUACUGGGCACCCGCGGGGAAGAAGUCCAGCCCCUCGAAGUACCAAGGGGGGCGCGAGGUUGACGACUUCCUCAAGUUCAUCAAGAAGGAAUCCACCAAGCCCGUCAACCUAGGCAAGAAGAAAGCCAAGACUGACGAGUUAUAAGGAAAAAGAUCUAGGGGCAUUUUGCAUGAAAAAACAACUUACAUUUUUGGGUUAAUAGAGAAAGUAUGCAGAACAUGGGAACAUACUUUUUAAAAUAGAUGUUUUUUUUUUUUUCGUUUGAAAUUUAAUAUGGGAUUUAAUAUCGGGUUUUAAAUCAAAAUUGAAAGCUAGGGGUUUGAUAAAAAAAUGAUCGACUGAGAUUUGGGGGUUAGAGUAAGUGUUUUAACCAAUGUAGAACAAGGGAACAUACUUCUGAAGUAGAUGUUUUCCAUUUUCCAAAUUUAAUAUACGUUUUUUUUUAAAGGUUAAAAAAUUCAACGCAAUCCUUUUUUCCAUAGGUACAUCUUAGGCUCUAAAAGAUGAGCCGAGUAAAGCUGGUCUCAGAGUGCACAGAAUUGCAUACAUCCUAUGCAAUGGGCCAGAUAUAGCCCAUUCAUUGGCUUUAUGGGGUAAUCCUAUACAAUAGCACUGCCGGGCUAACAAGUGACGGUCAGUCGGUCAGUCAGUUAGUCAGUCAGACAACCAGGUUUACAAAGCGGACAUUGGGCUUGCUCUCUGGGACAAAAAAUGGGGUGCUUUUUCACGUUUGUACAUUAUAGUGAUUCUCCGUAUCCUAGCAACGAGACAUAUUGGGUAGUGCGAAAAAAAGACGUCAGGAAUCAAGGAAUGACAGAAUUUUGUCCGGGAAAAUAUCCCUUUUUGUACUUCAAUGUGACGCUACAUUGCUAUUAACCGCAAGGGGGAGUGUGGCCCAGUGGUUGGGGUGUGUGGCCCAGUGGUUGGGGUGUGUGAGUCAUGAUCAGAGGGUCAGGGGUUCGAAUCCAGCUGCUGGUCACACGUGUACUCUCCUUGUUCACUGUAGCCCCUGUUCAUCAGGCCACAUCAGUGGGACAUUUUGUAAUUGUUAAAAAAAUGGGAGAAUUUGUAGAAUUGUUAUUUAUAACGACUAAGAUUGUAUCUGUUUUUUUUUUUCCACUGUUACAUAUUCUUUACACAGUUGCAUGCAUCAAAAGUUUGUAGUUAUUUCAUCUGCAUUUUUGUUUUUGUACCUCAAAUUUUAAAAUAUCUGUGUUAAGUUAGUUAAAGGUGUCUCGAUUUUUGAGAAAAGUUCCCUACGAAUUAAAAAGUCACUUAGUGGAAAGUGGUUAUUACCACUUA